CAUAUAAAUAGGCUGGCCACCGGCAUCAGUGCAGUUCAGUACUGGAAGCGGAGCACUCACACACCAAUCCUUGCAAGCCAUGUCCGUCCAAGGAGCCAUCCGUUGCCUUAUGGUCGCCCUGCUCCUUCUUCUGGUCGUCGUGUCCGGCUCCCCGGCCCGUGGAUACUAUCAAACGCCGCAGCGUGACGGUCGCAGCUACACGGAAAUCGCCCGCGUGGUCAAUCCCAAUCAGUACACAUUUCCCGGAUCCCGCAUUUAUCCUGGCCAGCCCUUCUGGCCAAUGGGAUAGGACUGGACUAGCAUGGCUAACUUCCUAUUAACAUACAUCAAAGACUCGACUCAGCUUUAGCUAGAUAAUGAACUGCUACAUCUUGUACAGGAAAAUAUUUAAUAGGAUUAAGCUUAAGAUUAGUAACAUAAACAGCGUGUCAAAGACUAUUCCAAUGGAAUACUAUGUCAAUUAAAAAUGUCAUAAAGUACAA